AAUUCAGUCCAAAGACCAUCUAUUUAUGGAGUCAACGCCGAUGAAUUAAAAGUGAAUUUUGAACAGGGUAUAUGUAGCUAUAUGUUUUAAUGGGGAAAACCCAAAAGCUAGAGUUGUUAUAAUUUUUUUUUUUUUUUUUGUUUGCUAUGACCUCUUCUGCAAUUCUGUGGCAAUUGAACUAAACUUUGGGUUUGUAUGUCCUUCACAUGAAUUGCAGAUGGGGACGAUGAAGGAAUUUUCUGUUCAGGUCGAGGAAGCAAGAGAAGGACAAGACGGGAAGCCAUCAGUUGGUCCUGUAUAUCGCAACCUACUUUCCAAAAAUGAAUUUCCUCCACUUGAUCCUAACAUGUCUACAACUUGGGAUCUUUUCAGUUUCUCUGCUAAGAAGUACCCCGGAAACAGGAUGCUUGGAUGGCGAAAUUUUGUUGAUGGCAAGGUAGGGCCUUAUGUCUGGAAAACCUAUAAAGAAGCUUAUGAUGAGGUCCUGUUGAUUGGUUCUGCUUUGAGAGCAUCUGGUGCUGAACCUGGUUGUCGGAUUGGGAUUUAUGGAGCCAACUGCCCCCAGUGGACUUUGGCAAUGGAGGCUGGUAGUGCCCACAGUUUGGUUUGUGUGCCUCUCUAUGAUACCCUUGGGCCUGGGGCUGUAAAUUUUAUCAUAGAUCAUGCAGAGCUUGAUUUUGCAUUUGUACAAGACAAGAAAGUGAAAGAGCUUCUAAAUCCAUGUUGUAGAUCUGCUCAACGGCUGAAAGCAAUAAUUUGCUUCACAGCAUUGACUGAGGAAGAGAAGGAUAAGGCCUCUCAAAUGGGGAUUAAACCAUACUCUUGGAUUGAGUUUCUUGAAAUGGGAAAGGAGAACCCGCAGGAGAUUUUGCCACCGCAACCUUUCAAUAUCUGCACUAUUAUGUACACAAGUGGCACCAGCGGCGAUCCCAAAGGUGUUGUGUUAACUCACGAAACUGUUGCAGCUUUUGUAAGCGGGAUUGAUCUUUUUAUGGAGCAAUUUGAUGACAAGAUGACAACGGAUGAUGUAUUUCUGUCAUUCCUGCCCCUUGCUCACAUCCUUGACCGUGUGAUUGAAGAAUAUUUUUUCCAUAAGGGUGCAUCUGUUGGCUACUACCAUGGGGAUUUGAAGGAGUUACGGGACGAUAUAAUGGAGUUGAAACCAACAUUUCUUGCUGGUGUACCCCGAGUCUAUGAUAUAAUUUAUGAAAGUAUUAAGAAAGCACUGGACGAGCUUAAUCCAUUGAGAAGGCGAAUUUUUGACGCUCUCUACAAAUACAAACUUCUUUGGUUGAAUCUUGGCUAUAAACAGAAAGAUGCAUCACCUCUAGCUGAUCUUUUGGCCUUCAGGAAGGUCAAAGCUAAGUUAGGGGGUCGCCUUCGAUUGCUAGUGUCUGGAGGUGCACCAUUGAGCUCUGAGGUAGAAGAAUUCCUGCGUGUCACCUGCUGUUGCUACGUGAUUCAGGGCUAUGGAUUGACAGAAGCUUGCGGGCCAGCAAGUUUUGGUUUUCCAGAUGAAAUGUGCAUGAUUGGUGCUGUUGGUGUCCCUGCUGUGUAUAAUGAAGUGCGUUUGGAGGAAGUUCCGGAGAUGGGCUACAAUCCACUUGGGGAUCCUUCUUGUGGUGAGAUAUGCUUGAGAGGGAAGACUAUAUUCUCUGGAUACUACAAAAAUCCUGAGCUAACAAGAGAAAGCUUGCAAGAUGGGUGGUUCCACACAGGAGACAUAGGUCAAAUCCUUCCAAAUGGAGUUAUUAAGAUAAUUGAUCGCAAGAAAAACCUUAUAAAACUCUCCCAAGGAGAGUAUGUUGCACUUGAGUACUUGGAAAAUGUUUACAGCAUUACUCCUGUUGUUGAAGAUAUAUGGGUCUAUGGAAACAGCUUCAAAUCAAUUCUGGUUGCUGUAGUUGUGCCACAUGAAGAAAACAUCAAAAAGUGGGCAUACUCGAAUGGUCAUGUGGGUUCACUCUCUGAACUCUGUUGUCUUGACCAGCUCCGGAAUUAUAUCCUCUCAGAGCUAAAAUCCACAGCUGAGAGAAACAAGCUGAAAGGUUUUGAAUUCAUCAAAGGAGUCAUUCUGGAACCCCUUCCAUUUGACAUGGAUAGAGAUCUAGUGACUGCAACAAUGAAGAAGAAAAGAAACAAUCUCCUUAAAUGCUACAAGGCUGAAAUUGAUGAACUCUAUCAAAAAUUGGCUGUGCAAAGAAGAAGCUGAAGUUGCAUUAUCAUGAGCAAUUAUUAAAAAUAAGAUUAUUGUUAAAUAAGAAACAAGUUGUGGAACUGGUGUUGCAGACCUCUGCUUAAAUGACUGAUGAUUUGUUUGACCCUGCUUUUGGAUGAGGUUUUAGAUAAAUGCUAUAAAAUAAAAUAGAAGGGUUUUU